UCCCAUCAUGCACUUCUGGUAUGUCAACACUCCUCCAGUUUCCAGGACGAAUCGUUCUAUGCUCCCGUUUUUCUUUACCUGCACGACGAAUGAUUUAAACAAUUGACAUGCUUAAUUAUCUGAAUGCUCCUCUCCUUGCAGCUAAAUUAAAAAGUUGAUUGUGUUAUUAAUUUUGAGGAGCUAGGACAAAGUGAAAGAAAGGAAGUUUAGGAAUUGAACGGGACCAGAGAAGCAGCGACCAGGACUCACAUCUGUCAGUAAGUUAGCACGACAGCAGCCAUCCCCGUCUCGGAGCAGACACUUGGCACCAUGUUCACAGAGUUACUGCUUGUGCUGGUGAUUGGAGGACUGAUCUUCUUCCUGGUUCAGAGGAGCAGGACCCAGGUUCUGAAGACAGAGGAUGGCUGGUGGGGGGCCGGAGCACCUUCUGAUGGUGGGGAGGACGACACCAUCCGCCCCUUUAAAGUCACCACCAAUGAAGAGGAGCUGGAGGACCUCUACAGGAGGAUAGACCACACUCGCCCUGUGGCCUCAUUGGAGGAUAGUCAGUUUAAUUAUGGCUUCAACUCCCAGUACCUGCAGAAAGUGGUCUCUUACUGGAGAAAUGACUUUGACUGGAGGAGACAAGUAGACAAACUCAACCAGUACCCCCACUUCAAAACCAACAUUGAAGGUAUUGAUGUUCACUAUGUGCACGUGAAGCCCAGGAAGGUGCCUGAGGGGACCAGUGCUAUUCCUCUGCUAAUGGUUCACGGCUGGCCCGGCUCCUUCUAUGAGUUCUACGGAUUGAUCCCGCUGCUAACAGAACCAUCAGACCCAAAUGAGCUUGUGUUUGAGGUGGUGUGCCCCUCCAUACCUGGGUACGGCUUCUCGGAAGCACCGCAUAAAAAAGGUUUUGAUUCAGUUUGUGCGGCACGUGUCUUCCACAAACUGAUGAAGCGUCUGGGCUUCCAGCAGUUCUACGCUCAUGGAGGAGACUGGGGCUGGCUAGUCACCACCAACAUGGCUCAGCUGGAGCCCAAGAUAGUCAAAGGCUUGCAUGUGAACUUUGCCCCACCUUCCAAGCCCGGGCUGCCCAUGGCUUUAUCCCUCAUGCUCGGCCGUCGCUUCCCCAAGCUGUUCAGCUUCACCGACAUAGACAUUCAGCGUCUCUACCCCUGCAUGGACAAACUAGUAGUGGAAUCCAUCAAAGAGUCUGGCUACAUGCACAUCCAGGCCACCAAGCCCGACACUGUCGGGCGAGGGCUUAAUGAUUCUCCAGUCGGUCUGGCCGCCUACAUUCUUGAGAAGUUCUCCACAUGGACAAGCCAGGACUUCAGGAACCUGGAGGAUGGAGGACUCACCAGGAAGUUCUCUCUGGACGACCUGCUGACUAAUGUGAUGAUCUACUGGACAUCUGGCUGCAUCAUUUCUUCAAUGAGGUUCUAUAAGGAAAACUUUGGCAAAGGCCUCAAUCAACCCCACUCUAAGAUACCAGUGUACGUCCCCACUGGGUUUGCCUGCUUCCCCAAUGAGCUGAUGCACACACCCAAGCUGUGGGUCAAAGAGAAGUACCGUAAACUCAUGACCUACACGCCCAUGGCAAGUGGCGGCCAUUUUGCUGCCAUGGAAGAGCCCCAGCUGAUGGCUGAGGACAUCCAGAACUUCACCAAGAUAGUGGAGAAGAAGAAGAAGAAGCAGUAGAGAGUGGACUGAUGAACACCUGAAUGAAGUGAAGUAAACAGUGUGUUUUUCAAUGAGGUGGGGAUGAUAAUAUAACAUAGCUCUAUCAGCGAAAAUCCUAAUUAUACUUCUUCAUGAUUGGGUCAGUCGUAUGCAGUAUUAGUACUGAAAGAUAGAAAGAAGAUACAGUAGCUCGCUUGGAACUCAGUGGAUUCCACAGAAAGUAUAAACUUCUGGUAACAGAAUGCUUUUUAUGAAACAUUUGUAACAUUGAGCAGUCAGAAGAAGCAAAACAAAGAAUCAAAAACCA